CAUGCGCCGCGUCCGGGCCGCACCGGGCUGGGGGCGCGCGCUCUCUGGGCUGCAUGUCCCGGCUGCGGGCGCUGCUUGGGCUCGGGCUGCUGGUUGCUGGCUCGCGCCUACCGCGCGUCCGGCUCCAAGCCGGCUCCUGCCGCGCGAGACAUCUCUGGUGGGGGCAGCAGCGGCCGAUCUCGCGGGGCCUCGGGAACCCAGGGGCCAUGGCGAGCGCAGCAGUGAAGUUCCUGAGCCAGGAGGAGGCGCAGGCCGUGGACGAGGAGCUAUUUAACGAGUACCAGUUCAGCGUGGACCAGCUUAUGGAGCUGGCUGGGCUGAGCUGUGCCACAGCCAUUGCCAAGGCAUAUCCCCCCAAGUCCAUGUCCAGGAGCCUCCCUACUGUCCUGGUCAUCUGUGGCCCUGGGAAUAAUGGAGGAGAUGGCCUGGUCUGUGCUCGACACCUCAAACUCUUUGGCUACCAGCCAGCCAUCUAUUAUCCCAAAAGGCCCAACAAGCCACUCUUCACAGCGCUGGUGACCCAGUGUCAGAAAAUGGACAUCCCCUUUCUUGGUGAAAUGCCCCCAGAGCCCAUGCUGAUUGAUGAGCUGUAUGAUCUGGUGGUGGAUGCCAUCUUUGGUUUCAGCUUCAAGGGUGAUGUUCGGGAACCAUUUCGGAGCAUCCUGAGUGUCCUCAAUGGACUCACUAUACCUAUUGCCAGUAUCGACAUUCCCUCAGGAUGGGAUGUGGAGAAGGGAAACUCUGAUGGGAUCCAGCCAGACUUGCUCAUCUCCUUGACGGCACCCAAGAAGUCUGCAAUCCAUUUUACUGGUCGCUACCACUACUUGGGGGGACGUUUUGUGCCACCUGCUCUGGAAAAGAAGUACCAGUUGAACUUGCCAUCCUACCCUGACACUGAGUGUGUAUAUCGUCUGCAGUGAGGGAAGGUGGGUGGCAUUCUUCCCAAUAAAGACUUAGUGCCUCUCUUUCCCAGAACUGUGGGGUGCUGGGAGCUCUUCUGGCAAUAAAGGUUAACAGGUGGCUGGAGCCAGAGAACAAAA